CUCGUACCUUCGGAGGAAGCCUCACCAUCAAAGUGAGAUGGAAAAAGGGGUGCAGUGCAGCCGUCUCGGUCACGGCGUCGUGACCGACAUGCGGGGCCCAUGUUGCUGACCCCCGCACGGCUAUCCCCGCCCCGCACGUGCGGCGGCAGCCUUAUCUUUCAACCCCGCGCCGGGAUCCUCUGCGACCAUCACCACCGUGGUGUUCCCAGCUGGGAAAAAAUUUGACCAUGGCUGCUUAUCUGCUGUGUGCAGUGCUCAGUUUGUUGGUUGUUGGCUUGCGGCACACUUGCUUUGGUUCGUUCGGUUGCUUCUGCUGAUGCUUCACAGUUAGAGCACGUAAGGAAAGAAGGUAAAAUGAGUCAAAUUAACUGUUCAGAGUGAACAAAAUUUUGAACAAUUCCAGGACGGUUUAUGCAGUUGCGGUUCAGCCGCAGAAGAUCCCCGGGCAACAACUCGCCCGCUCCGCCAAUGGCACUCCCGUAGAUACCUCCAAAGUCCAUGCCCGUUACACGCGCCACGAAACCACACGCCGUUAGCCUCUUAUUAUAGACUCCGUGCCGUUCGCUCCGCUCUUUUUCAACAGCGACGCCGCGAGCUCGUAACGCCCGUCCCCUCGCACGCGCGCAGAGAGAGCAAGUGAGCAGAGAAGAGGAAUCAGCGAAGAGAAGCCUGGGAAGGGAGAGGGAGAGCAACCGAAUCGAUAUGAAGGCGGAGAAGGCAGCGGUGGCCGUGGCAGCCGGCGGCGGCGGUGGAGGAGGAGGCGAGGAGUGGCGGUGCCGGAAGCACCCGGCCGCGAGAUCCGGAGGCGGGGUGUGCCCGUGCUGCCUCCGCGACCGGCUCCUCCGCCUGUGCCCCAACUGCGCACACGUGCGGCCCUGCGCCUGCGCCGCGUCGUGCGCCUCCCCGUCCUCCUCCUCCUCGGCGUCCGGCGACGCGGUGGGCCGCGUGCACAGCCUCAUCGAGCGGGAGCACCGGAUCGCGCGCUCCCGGUCCGUGGCCGCGGGCUCCUCCGCCGCGUUCGCCGCCGCCGCGGGCGCCCCCUCCGCGGCGGCGCCCGCCGCCUCCGGAGCCGGCAGGCGGAGGGCGCGCGUCUGGGGGUGGCCGCCGUUCUGGAAGCCCGCGGCGGCGCGGGACAGUGACGCGGGGCUGGGGGAGGACGAGGAGGAGGGGCUGGGCCUGCCGCGCUCGAGCUCCGUGUCCGCGACGGCCGUGGAGGCCAAGGCCGCGGCGGCGGCGGCGCGGGCGCGGCGGGGGUGGCACUUCCCGAGCCCGCUCAAGGCGUUCCGGCACCGGAGGUCGUCGGCGAGCGUGGCCGGGCGGGCGUGAGCGCCAAGGUACCACUACCACCCCCUCCUGGAGAUGGCCGGAAAAGCGAUCAGCGGGUGGGCGGCAUGUGGCCGGGGAUGGUUAAUUAUUAAUUUUAACUGUGUAAGGCGGUGGAUUAGAGGAGGAGCGCUCGAUCUCCUUUUUCCCCCUUUUGUGGUGGCGUGCCGCUAAUUCCAUGAUUAAGUUAGACGGGAACGCGAAAGCCUGCGAUCUGGGCGGGAUGUGUGCAUAUGCUAGUGGGUGAUCUCCUCAUGGCUUCCCUUCACCUUUUGUAGUGUGCUUGUACCCCACUCUGUAACACACCACUCUUGCGUCGGCCGUUGGCAGAUGGAAUUCAGGCAAUGCAGCAGUAACUACA